AUGCGUCCUUACAGACAGCAAACCGUGCGUACAGGCUAUACAAAAGCUUUGCCAUUUGAGGUGUGGAAGCUCUCAGUGACAUCCUUCCUCUCUACAGCUAGCCGUUACCAGGUUUUAGAGUGUGAUAACAUUCGCCUGGAACCGAGUGCCGGACCUAAGACGAACUCAUACACACUUAAAACAGGGUACCGGAUCCUCCGAGAGGUCAAGCAUAUUUACAACAUAGCUACAAUUGCAAGAGAUGGUUUACUUGUGGCACGCAGGUCUAAUCCACUACAGCCACCAACUGAGCUCAUCAUAGCAGUGUCCUUGAUGGCCUUCUCGUACAAGAUCAAAGCAAGUGAGUGUUACCGUGUUCCCACAGAAGUAACCUGUAAGUCCCAACGACAAUGCAUCCCUGAAGACGAAGACCUGGAAGAUAUUCCUAUCUCCCUACUCGACACUUCUGAGAAGCUUCUCCCCUCAAAACCUGCAGGAACCAUCCCACAAGAUAAGGUCUCUACCUAUGAACCACCUCCGAUUCCAGAAGUGCUAUGUACACCCCCACACACAACCGCAAAGGCACAGGAGGAAGAGCGGGGAUCCGGAUACAGAGAACGAGGUCCGAGAUGCCUCAAAUCACCCUCAGAGAGCAAGAAACCCUCCGUCUUACUUAAAGGACUAUGUUGUAUCCCUAAUUUUAGUGAAUUUCCUGCUGGCCAACAAUGCGUGAAUAAAGCUGAAUGCGAAUGCUUAUGUUACAAGACUGCAGCGUAUGAUUACUGCGACAAUAAUUUUAAGCGGGAGAGGGAAACCCUUCAUUCUCCUAUCUGCACUGGUGGACCAUCAAUAGCCAAUGCAGAACCGCUUCGAGGAAUUCACAGACCCCACAAUGUACAAAGGUGUUUUGACACGAAAUGUUCAGACAAAAUAUCAAAAAGGGAUUGUUAUAACACGGCUGGAUGUAGCUGGUGCUCUAAGUCCAGUGAGUUAGCACGACUGGAGUUAGAAUUCUGUACUGAGUGGGACUCCUGCUAUUUUGGAAUACGAGGAAACUCUCCAACGAAGUAUUAUAGACAAGAUAAUGGAAAAUCAAAUGGACACCAUCCAGAAUCCAAUUUUGAGAUUUCUAUAUUGCUCAUCAUCGGCCCAGUGGUGAUUUUUCUCAGCUUGAUUUCCAGCGCGAGUGUCCUAAUUUUAUGGCUGAAAAGAAGAAAAAUAUACUUGAAAUCUAAAAGGAUUCCCUCCACCCUUCCAGCGAGAGCGGACGGUGUUCCCCCGACAGAGAAUGGGUACACACAUGUCGUCACCAGGGUGUUCCCAGAUACCCCAUAUGUCUCACGCGUACAGUUUGGAAACGUUGUUUACCAUCAUAACUUUGUGUUUGACCACUCAACUUGACAAACAAUUUUCAAAUUCCGUAUGGCCUUCA